AACUAAAUUUGGCGAAGCUCAAGAACCAAUGAGCGAUUAUAGUAACGAUAUUGGUUAUUAUGGACCCGCUACUCUUGGUGGACAAAAGUUCAAUCUACUUUUUGACACUGGUAGCGCUGACUUAUGGGUUCCGCAAAUAAAUUAUAAUAAUGGGAUGCCAACUACCCAUAACACAUUUAAUCCUGAUAAAUCAUCAACUUUUAAAACUAAUCAUAAAAGGUUUUCAAUUAACUAUGGAAGUGGUAAUACAUCAGGAAUCUCUGCAACUGACGUGUUUGAAAUUGCUGGUUUUACCAUCAGAAAACAAACUUUCGGUCUCUCUGACGUAGUUUCUGAUGACUUUACUGACAGUCCAUUUGAUGGUAUUCUUGGAAUGGCUCUUGAUAAUUUAAGCUCAUUACGUGCCAAAACUCCAUUUCAGAAUUUAAUUGAUAAUGGUGAGGUUAACUCCCCUGUAUUUAGUUUCGUACUUGGUAGUGUAAAGGAAGCUUAUUUUUGGUGGAAUGAUCCAAGAUUUUCUGAUAGAAUCGUAUAUAACCCACUUAAUACUAAUAACGGGUUCUGGCAAAUUCCCUUGGAUGAUGCCCAUGUGAAUAGAAGGUCACUAAGAUUAAAUGGAAAGUCUGCCAUUAUUGAUACUGGAACAACUCUUCUUAUUGUACCUCGGCAAGCCGCGGAACUUAUCCAUAGCUUAAUUCCCGGCGCAGAAAAUAAUGAUGGAACAUAUUUAAUUCCAACUGAUACUUCAGUUGUAGUAUCUUUAACCUUCGGUGGAAUUUCUUAUGAAAUCAAAACCGAACAUUUAGUUGUCUAUGAUGCAGGAAACGGUUUAAGUGUUUCAGGUAUUCAAGGUGGAAGUGUGACCGGAUCUGAUGAU